AUGCUGGACAAUCCUAAAAAGGGCCAUAUUGUAACAAAGGAUGGUGAAGAAUUUUAUUCAAUAUUUUGUAAAGAGCCAGAGAAAGAAGAGUUAAAAAAUGUAUUUGAUCCACGUUUGACUAUGGCAGAUGUUUUAUCAGUAUGAUACCAGAAACGCUUCAAGAUGAAGAAAGCUGUAUUAAACAUUCUCAUGUCAAUAGUGUUGAAGCUUCAUCUUGUAUCAAUUCUGAAUAUGAUAUUGAUUUGCCAACAUCAGCUGACAAGGCCAGUGGAAGAAAUGAAAAUGCUCCAAAUGGUGAAGGAGAAGAAAGUAAGGAUAGCUCGGAAUCAAGUUGGAAUCAGGACAGAACGGAGUAUAAUGUUGAUUAAUUCAAAUAAAGAUUUUACUAAUUGAAUUUUAUUUUUUCGCAUCUUUUCCAAAAUUAUAAAACCACAAUUAAUUUCUAUAUUUUUAUAA